GCCCGUUGGGACUUCCAUCAAGAUGCGGCAGCGGCUUUGGCUCCGCAUGGAGCUAUUUGAGCACUUUGCUAUGCAGUUCCAGUCGCGGUGUGUGAUCAAUCUGACGCCGCAGAACAUCAUCAAUGGUGUGGCUGCCCUUCGGCAGCUGGGAAAUACGCAUGCGUCGGUGGAGAGGCGGCCUGAAGAAUCAACUGCCAGUAGUACCCCCACCCAACCCAUCUCGUAGAAGCUUGCAACUCCGUUAUUCGUCCGUGACGCUGGAUGUGGCAUAGGUACGCAAUGUGGAAGAAUGUGGCGGAAACCACGUUUCAAUGGAAGGACAACGAAUGCCGCUCGUACGAUCAUCACACCGAUGACAAAGUUCCUACAAGCAUCUCAUAGGUUUUGGCUCGUGGUUGUGUGUCUCCAUCACCAGAUCCCAAUCCUUCCUUCAGAUGACGCACAAAACAAACGAGACCCUUCAUUCCUCGCCGACGAAGACUACUUUCUCCUUGAACAUGUGCCGCUCUACAAACUCGCCACGUUCUUGUUCCUCCACAUGGACAAAAAGUCGUCGAAACAUCGCGCCAAGCCUUCCUUCGACGCAGUGUGGCGGCGGGAGGACCAACCAAUGACCAGUCCUGGUUCCAGCGGCGCGUCCUCGCCCGUCCAUUUAGCGGCGCCGAUCUCGCCUUCGUCCCCGCAUUCCAUUGGACUCAAGGACCGGUUGGAAUCGGAAACGCAUGCGCUCAGCUUUGUCAAAGCCAAUCUGGAUUUACUGGUCAGUCUCGUGCUCGACACUUCGCUAACGGCCGACGACGCCAUCAUCACAGCGCCACAAUUCGACUUGCUGGGCGUACUCUUCUGCGGUGGAGCAUCGCACGUCCAGCAGUACCCGCGCCUGAGUGCCGCCUACCCCAAAUGGCAGCAGCCGCACCAACUAGCGUCGAAAGUGUUGAAGUGGCUGCGAACUCGCCUGGCCCUCAACGACGUGCUCUAUCCCCGUGUUGGCACUUGCACUCCCAACAAUUCGAUUAUUGCGACUUUGCACUUGAACAUGCCCGUGUCGCAGGACUUGGAAGUGGAGCAGCCGCCUAGCGACAACGGCUCCACGCGUGCUCUCAUUGCUUCCCUGCCUCGCCCUGUCGUGAUUUCGCUCGUGUCGAAAGCCACGGUGAUCAAACGAGCGGACGAGUUUAUGCGACACUGUGACGUGACCAUCUUUGGCUGCCACGACGCGUACAUUUACGUGCUGGGGCCGCUGCGGCAUGUGAGUGUGGUGGCAUCGUGCAACUGCAAAGUCGUGCUUGGGCCCGCCAGUGGCAUCUGCACCGUCGAUCGAUGCGACAACACCACCGUAUCGGCCACGUGUGCGCUGCUUCGAGUCCACAACUGUUUGGACUCGACGUUCAACGUGUUUACACCGCGACGAAGCAUCUUUGACGGAGACAACCGCGGCUGUUACAUUGGGCCGUUCAAUGCUCAGUACCCGCAUCUGCGUCUGCACCUAGUGCAAAGUCGGCUGGCUUAUGUGCCGCACUCGACUGGGCAAUGGAACAAGUUUGUCAACCUCGACACGGACGAGCCAAGCGACGCCAGUGCCGAUGCGGCGGUGGUGCUGCAGACGCCGCUGCAGUUUACAGAAGUGUGCGUGCCUGUCAAGAUGGACGCGGUGUCACCUCGGGUAAAGACGGCCUGGAUUGGAUGGUGGAUGCCAGGGAGAUGCUAAGUGGCUGGAGCACAAGACAACGUGGACGGCCUCCGGCGCCUCAUCGACGAGUUUGACACGCCGGUAAAGAAAUUGCUGGAGCAAGCCAUCCAAGCCAAGUUCAAGGAAUGGCUCGUUGUCUCGGGCAACAUGCGACAAGUGCUCGACUUGGUGCAACUAGAGAAAGCUCGGCAGCAUGCAGUUUAAUUACAAGCCAACACACACAUGUGACUUCUAAAGUUUUGCUUGAAGGCCAGGAUUAGACACCUUUUCAGGCUGUUGAGGUGGCCACAUAAAUGCGGUUCCUGUCAUGCGUUGGGGGGUAACAUGUCAACCUUUU